CUCCCGCCGCUAGGCGCCGAGGGCCGGGCUGUGCCUGGGCAGCCGCGUGGGUGGCCAGUGGCAGGCGGCUGUGUGCGGGAGUCGCAGACAUGUUGCUGCUCAAGAAACAGACGGAGGACAUCAGCAGCGUAUAUGAGAUCCGGGAGAAGCUCGGCUCGGGCGCUUUCUCUGAGGUGGUGCUGGCCCAGGAGCGGGGCUCUUCACACCUUGUCGCCCUCAAGUGCAUCCCCAAGAAGGCCCUGCGAGGCAAGGAGGCCCUGGUGGAGAAUGAGAUUGCUGUGCUCCGCAGGGUCAGCCACCCGAACAUCGUGGCCCUGGAAGAUGUCCAUGAGAGCCCGUCCCACCUCUACCUGGCCAUGGAGCUGGUGACAGGGGGUGAGCUGUUUGAUCGCAUCAUGGAGCGGGGCUCCUACACGGAGAAGGACGCCAGCCACCUGGUGGGCCAGGUCCUCGGCGCUGUCUCCUACCUGCACAGCCUGGGCAUCGUGCACCGAGACCUCAAGCCUGAAAACCUUCUCUAUGCCACCCCCUUUGAGGACUCCAAAAUCAUGGUCUCUGACUUUGGCCUCUCCAAAAUCCAGGCUGGCAACAUGCUAGGAACUGCCUGUGGGACUCCAGGAUAUGUGGCCCCGGAGCUCUUGGAGCAGAAACCCUACGGGAAGGCCGUAGAUGUGUGGGCCCUGGGUGUCAUCUCCUACAUCCUGCUGUGUGGGUACCCCCCCUUCUACGACGAGAGCGACCCUGAACUCUUCAGCCAGAUCCUGAGGGCCAGCUACGAGUUUGACUCUCCCUUUUGGGAUGACAUCUCAGAAUCAGCCAAGGACUUCAUCCGGCACCUUCUGGAGCGAGACCCCCAGAAGAGGUUCACGUGCCAGCAGGCCUUACAGCAUCUUUGGAUCUCUGGGGAUGCAGCUUUUGACAAGGACAUCCUGGGCUCAGUCAGUGAGCAGAUCCAGAAGAAUUUUGCCCGGACCCACUGGAAGCGAGCAUUCAAUGCUACCUCCUUCCUGCGCCAUAUCCGCAAGCUGGGGCAGAGCCCGGAGGGUGAGGAGGCCUCAGGGCGGAGGCUGGCCAGCCACAGCCACCCAGGCUUCCAGACCAGCCAGCCCUCCGAGUGGUGACGCCCAGGUUCGUGGGGGUGGCCCUGCACCCCUAGGAGCUGGCUCCUCAGCCAAGGCCGAGGCCAGGUGCACCGACCCCCGGAUCCCUUCCAAUGGACCCUUUCAGUCCCCUCUCCCUCCCCCAAGCCUGGGGCUGGCCUGUGCUGGAGAGUUUGGGUCAUGUGGGUGCAGUGUAUGGCACUGGGGUGGGAGCUGGCGGGGCAUGUCCACAGGGGCUCCCCUCCCCUGUCGCUAGAAGCCAAGAGGCCCCCGGGGCUGUCCUUCCUGUGCGCUGUUCUGUGCUUUGCUGACUGUGAGUGGUCCUGCUUGCGCCAUGGCCCUCCAGCCCCUCUCCAGUUCUCCCCAAAUUAAUAAAGACAGACGGAGCAAUGGGCAGUGCUGAGCUGGAGGGAGGGAUUGGAGAUGAGGGACGAGUGUGGAGAGGAUGGUGUCUCUGAGCAAAGGAGACCAAGGAAGCAAGCCCACUGCCCAGCAGGCCCCCAAGGGACAUCGCCCGUUGCCACCCAAAGUUCCGCUCCGUCUGGUCCAAGAACUUCCUGUUCCCACCCCUCAAAGUGCUAGCAAGAGGCAGCCCAGCAGCCAGCUCUGCCACCCUAGGUGUCAGCCUGCAUGUGGCUCUGGCACCCUGGGAGAAAACGGGCACAGCUCAGGCCUGCCUACUGCUAGCAGAGGUGGUGGCAGGAGGCUGAAUGGGGGCUGAGGAGUGCUGUCCUCAGGCCUCAGGGGAUGGCCCGCAGCGCCCUUGCUGAUCAGGAACAGGCUGGGAAGGGCACACAGAUGGGUGGAGGCCGGAGUGCUACAGCUGGGAGGGCAACCAGAGUCCUAGGCUAUCUUCUCCAACCUCUCCGCUCCUCCUGCUUCCUGGGCCGUGGCCUGAUGGAGAGCAUCUCCAGUGUACACGUUCUUGUGCAGAAAAGCUCUGGAAACCCAGUGUCAGGGGGUGCAGGAGGAGCCUCUUGGCCAGGAGAGGGUGCCACUGGGGCCUCAAGCCCUGUGCUGUGUUGUGGUCUUGGAACACUUGGGCUCAGGCCCCCGGGGCAGUCAGGCUGGGUGGGUCCUGGCUUCUGGUGUCAAGGGUGGUGGCGGUCUACUGGUCUGCGCAGCCCCUGCCCUUCGAGGCCCCAAGCCUCUCCUGGCUCUGCUAGGCCUUUGUUCCGCACCCAUCAGGGGAAGACUCCUCUGGCCUCUCCUUAACCCCAGCAGAGCAGAGGGAGCACCCUCAGAGCUCUGGGUGAGCUGGCUGCCCCUUUCCCCCACUGUGACCCUUGCCCCCAGGGCCCCUGCCAGCCUGCACUGCAGAACGUGAUGGAGAAGACACAUCUCCUUGCCGACCUUUGGGACUUGAAGGGAGGCAGUGAGGCCUCAAGCCAGGCUGGCCUGGGUCCUGGGGUUGGGGCUGGAGGGGGAGCAGUGUCCACUGAGGAGAGCAGCCGCACAGAUAAUUGGGGGUGGGCGCAGCCCAGCGUGGGCAUGCCCGCCUGCUGAUGCCCAGGCUACAAGCCCCUCUUUGGCUUUCUUCUCUCAGCAUCCUCCCACAUCCGCAUGGCCACCUGUAGGCCAUCCUUUGCUCCAGGCUUCUGGGGUCACACAAUCCUGUCCUACUGUGUGUGCUGCCCUUCACCCACAGCCCAGGGGACCUCAGGCAGCCAUAACCACAGUCCAUCUCAACAGCCUGGCCUCUUCACCUCCAGCGACCUGUCCUGCCUCCCUUUAGCCCCCAGCUUGGGGCUUUGCCUUCUCUUGCCCUGCAACCUUGAAGUCCUUACCACGUCCACUUUUGCUGGAGGGCGGUUGUGGAGGGGGUGGACUUACUCAGACGUUGGGAAUGAUCUGUGUGGGGAAAGUAACAACUGUCUGCUCAGGCAGCCUGGAGCAGGAGCACCAGAGCCAGUCUUUCGGAAGGAAUCCCACUACUUCAGAGACAGCCAGCUCUUCCAGCCCAUUGCUGCGGAGUUGGGCCCUGGCUCCUGCGGCACUGACACAGGAUGCAAUUUGACCUCCAGCCAGCAGGUGGCGCCAUGGUCACACUUUCCACAUCCAUCAACCUCCCCGUGAUCCUUUAGCACCUGGGGCAGCCGCUCAAAACCAUUUUUCUCCUCCCCCAUCUCCCCAAAUCCUGCCCCAGGGAAGUCUUCACUUGGGGAAGACGUCCCACCCUCCCCAUCUGGAAGCGGUGUGAUGGCGGGACCUCCAGGGCAGGCAGAGGUGGCACCCUUCUUUUAUCCCUCCAAGCCUUUCCCAUGUGAGGAGACAGUUUGCCAGAGGAGAACUUUGGGUCACCUAGGCCAUGGGAUGCGAUGAGCGGCCUGGAAGAGUGAUGGGCAGGGGAUGCUGCAAGAGCAUUUAAGGAGCAGGGAACAGCGGGUGCUCAGACUAGAGCCUGGCAGGGUCAGGGUUGGGCUUUAGUCUCUGAGCAGGGGUGAGCCACUGGAGGGGUGGGAGCUGGAGAGUGCCUCUGUCCAGGCUGGGGUAGGUGCUGAACUUGUGGGUGUCAGGGGUUCCAGGGAUACUCAGUGGGGUCCCACUGGGGAUGGAGAGACAGAAGUGGGUUGUCCUGGGAGCUCUUUAGAAGUCAGUGAUGGGUUGGGGAGAGGGAUCCGGAGUGGCCCAUGCAUUUCUGGGUAGACCGUGGGAACAUCCACCAAGAGGGGUUCAGCUGGGGUGGGUUGGGGGACAGACAACGACGCUGAUUUUGGACAUGGUGAAUUGGAGGUGCCUGAAGGGGCAUGGAAGCAGAGCAAAGAGAAUUUGUGUAUAUUAACUCAAACCUCGACUAUGAGGUAGCUAGUCUUAUUAGCACCGUGCCCACUUUACAUAUGAGGAAACCGAGGCACAGAGAGGCCAAAUCGCUGAGCCCAGGCCACAUAGCCUUGGGCUCUACCCACCUGCCUGCCUCUAGGUGGGUGAAGAGAGCCCUUUGGGAACAUGGAGGUCUUGUGGGGACUUGAGGAGAAGACGGGGGACUUCACCUUUCUCUUGGUGAGUGCAGACUGUCAGAGAAGCUGGGUUGGGGGGACUCCCCUGGAUUUGAGUGUGAGCCAGGCAUGUGGUUUUGUCGCCUUUAACAUCCUCUAUGCCUCUAAUUUCAUUUAAUUAAUUUCCUGUGAAGAAGGAACCUGGCAGGUAGGGUGCAGAAUCCGGGCACUAAGAAGACCCCUCUGAGAAGUGAGGCAGGGCUGAUGGCAGGUCCACGUGUCUGGGGGCCUUGUUUGGGGGCCAGGUGAGAGAUGUAGGGAGCCUGUGCCGAGGCAGCUGAAGAGGGACUGGAAAGAUGGAGGUUGGUCUUGGCAGGCUGAAUAGGGGGCUGUGAGGGAGUCCUCUGAACCCAGGAGAGAAGCAGGCCUGUUCAGGAAAUGAAGAGGCCAAACCAGGCCCCCUGUCAGGGCUCUAAGCCUGGCUUCUCCCUGCCAGCUAUGUGGUGGGCCCAUGGCAGCCAUGUUGUCUACCUACCCCAGCUUUGUCCAGGCACCCCUGUCUCCAUCCCUGUCUCCUCAGGUGGGCAAGACAUGAAGUAUGGAGUGUUUGGGAAAAAACCAAUAACUUGGUUUGGUUGACUGAAGGUGGCUGUGAAAAAUGCUUAGAGAUUGGUUUGGAAAGUGAACUUUCUCAAGAGAGCACUGGGGAGCCACUGGGGGGUUGUAGGUAGGACAGUCACAAGGUCAGACUUUUGCUUUAAGAGAGUUCCAGUAUUUUUCAAUCCUCUGGCCCCCCCUUAAAAAUAUAAAAGCCUCAUCUCUAGAUUUCAACCCCUCUCCCCAGCCCCAUAGAGAUUUCAAUAGUUCCCCUCAUGCCAGGGAGCCAAGCCUGCCUCACAUGAUGUCCUGAGUAGAGGCCCAGCUGCUUUUCCUGUUUCUCCUUGUAGUUCUUUCAGCUAUGUCUUUAUGUAUUUUUAGGUUAGGUUAUGAAGUGCUGAUGAGUUUAGAAUUGCUAUAUGUUUCAGGUAAGUUCAAUAUUUGAUCAACAUGGAGCAACAUGUGUUAAUACUAGUAAUGCUUCUGCCUGGCCAUUUACUUCCAUGCUGCUUGUAGCAUAGCACCUAUGUCUUUCUUUUGGUUAAUAUUUACCUGGUAUAUCUUAUUCAGUCCUUUUUCUUUCAAAUGUACAUAUUUUUUGAGAUAUAUUUCACGUGCCAUAAAAUGCACCCUUUAUAAUGUACAAUUUAUUGGUUUUUUUGGUGUACAGAUGGUCCCUGACUUACAACAGUUUGACUUAAAAAAUGAUUUUUCAACUUUUAUGAUGAUGUGAAAGCAAUAUGCAUCCAGCAGAAACUGUGCUUUGAAUUUUGAAUUUUGAUAUUUUCCCGGGAUAGCGACUUGUGUAAUCCUCUCAUGAUGCUGGGCUGUGGCAGCGAGCCACAGCUCCCAGUUGGCCCGUAAUCAUGUGGGUGAACAACUGAUACACUUAGGACCAUUCUGUACCCAGACAGCCAUUCCGUUUUUCACUGUCAGUCCAGUAUUCAAUUACAUGACAAAUGCAACACUUUGUUAUAAAAUAGGCUUCAUGUUAGAUGAUUUUGCCAAACUGUGGGCUAAUGUAAGUGUUCUGAGCACGUUUAAGGUAGGAUAGGCUAAGCUAUGAUGUUCGGUAAGUUAGGUAUAUUAAAUGCAUUUUGUACUUAGGAUAUUUUCAACUUAUGAUGGGUUUAUUGGGAUGUAACCCCAUGGUAAGUUGAGGAAAAUCUGUAUUUACAAAGUUUUCAUCACCAUGAUCUAAUUCUAGAACAUUCUCACCACCCCAAAAGAAAACCCUGUGGACAUUAGUGGCAACUCCCCAUCCCCCGUGAGCCCCCAGCCCCUGGCAACCACUAGUCUACUUUCUGUCUUUGUGGAUUUGCCUGUUCUGUUAUUUCACAUAAAUGGAAUCACAAUAUGUGGCUCUUUGUGUCUGGCUUAUUGACUCAACACAAUGUUUUCAAGGUUCAUCCAUGUUGUAGCACGUGUCAGUACUUAUGUACAUUUUUACAGCUGAACGUUGUUCCACUCUAUGGACAGACCAUGCUCUAUUUAUCCAUGUAUCCACGGAUGGACAUUGGGUUGUCUCCACCUUUUGGCUAUUGUGAAGAAUGCAUCUAUGAUCAUUCCUGUGCGAGUUUUUGUGAGGACAUGUUUUUCAGUUGCAUUAUUUGGUAGAAUUUACCAGUGAAGACUUCUGGACUUGGAUUUUCUUUGUGGGAAGAUUUUCAAUUACUAAUUCAACUUAUUUGCUUGUUAUAAAUCUAUUCAGAUUUUCUAUUUCUUUUAAAGUCAAUUUUGGUCAUCUGUGUCUUUUUAGGAAUUUGUCCAUUUCAUCUGAAUUAUCUAAUCUGUUGGCAUAAAGUUGUUCAAAACAUUGCCUUAUAAUCCUUAACAUUUGUAUAGGUCAGUAGUAAUGUCCCCCUUUUCAUCCUUGAUCUUGGUAGUCUUUUUUCUUAAUCAAUCUAGAUAGGAUCAAUUUUGUUCAUCUUUUCCAAAAACAACUUUUAUUUUUACUGAUUUUUCUCUAUUGUUUUCCUGUUUUCUACUUCAUUCAUUUCUGCACUAAUCUUACCUCUGCUUGCUUUGGAUUUAGUUUGCUUUUCUUUUUCUAGUUUAUUAAGGCAGAUCAUUUGACUCUUGAUUUGAGACCUUUUUUGUUGUUGUUGUUGGUAUAGGCAUUUAAAGCUAUAGAUUUCUUUGGUAAACAAUAAAUAUAUUGUUGUUUGAAUCUAGUUUUUUUGAAUGUCCAAUUUUUGAUUGGCGUGUUUAGACCAUGCACAUUUAAUGUAACGAUCCAUGUGGUUGGAUUUACCUUUGCCAUUUUGUUAUAUCUCCCGUCUUUUUGUUCCUGUCUUCUUCCUUGACUGCAGUCACUUGUAUUAAAUAUUUUUUGGUGUACCAUUUUAUUUUCGCUGUUGAUUUUUUAACUAUAUAUUUUUUGAAUUAUAAUUGCAUUACAAUAUGCCUCUGAACUAAUCAUAAUUUACUUUGUAUUAAAACUCAUUUAUUUUUGGUAAAUUAUAGAGACUUUGCUGCAGGAUAGCUCCAUUCCCUCCUUCCUGUUCUGUGCUAUUAAUGUCAUGUAUAUUACAUCUAUAUGGAUAUAAACUCCACAGUGCAGUGUUACAGCCAUCGCUUCAUACAAUCUUAUGUCUUUUAAAGAAGUUAAGAGAAGAAAUGAGAAAGAAUAUAUUGAGAAAUAUUUAUAUUAACCCACAUAUUAAUCAUUUUUUCUGCUUUUCAUUUCUUCUUGUGAAUUCAAGUUACUAACUGGUGUCAGCCUGAAGGAUUUUUUUCUAGUACUUCUCGUAAAGAAGUAUACUAGCAAUAAAUUCUCUCAGUCUUUAACUGGAAAUGCCUUUUUUUUUUAAUCUUCCAUUUUUAAAGGAUAGUUUUGCUAGAUAUAGAAUUUUUGACUGAUUGUGUUUUUUUCCCCUUUCAGUUCUUUGAUUAUGUCAUUUCACUGUCUUUUGGCCGCCAUUGUUUCUGAUGGUUUCUGUUAUUGUGGUUUCCUCCUACAUGGCUUGUUUUUCUCCCAUUGCUUUCAAAAUAGUCUAUCUUUGGCUUUCAACAGUUUGACUAUGAAGUGUCUAUGACUAGCUCUCUUUGUGUUUAUCUUUCUUUGAACUUCUUGGAUCUGGCUACUGUUUCUCAUAAAAUUUUGGACAUUUCUGUCAUUGUUUCUUCAAAUAUUUAUUCUGACCCUUUCUCUCUCUCGUCUUCUUCAAGGCCUCCCUUUACACAUGUUUUAGAGUGCCUCAUGUUGUCCCACAGGCCUCUGAGGCACAAGUAUUUUUCUGUCUGUUCUUUAGACUGGAUAAUUUAUAUUGUUGUGUUUUUAAGUUCACUAGUAAUUUCUUCUGACAUCUUGAACCUUCUCUUUAAUACUGCUAGAAAAAAUGUCAUUUUAGUUAUUGUGCUCUUCAGACACAUUAUUUCCAUUUAGUUAUCUUUUCACAACUUCUGCAUCUGUAUGGAGAAUCUCUAUUUGUUGAUUUGCUGUUGUCAUACUUUACUUUAACUCUUUAAACAUGGCAUUCUUUAGUACUUUGAACAUAUUUAUAGUAAGUACUCUGAAGUCUUCGUCGACUAAUUCCAACAUCUGAGAGCACUCAGAGAUAGUUGCUAUUGACUGUUUUCCCUAAUGUGGGUCACAUUUGCUGUUUCUUUGCAUGUCUUGUAAUUUUUUGUUGGAAAUUGAGGAUUUUAGAUAAUAUUUUCCAGCAACUCUGGAUUCUGAUAGUCCCUUUCCCCCUGGAGGUUACUGUUUUUGCUGUAUGUGUGUGUGUGUGUGUGUGUGAACUUGUUUGCUGCUUUGUUGUGUAACUUUUCUGGACUAAAUCUGUGCUUAAUCUAGCUUAGUGGCCAGCCAAAUUGGACAGAAACUGGGCUCAAAUGUCUCGAGCCACUAAGACUUGUGUACUCUACUGCCGGAUCUGUGUGUGGAUAGGGGAGAUCUUUCAAUGUUUAGGCUAUUAUCAAGUCUUCCCUGGGUUUUCUUUCCACUGACCCUUUUGAGUCUCCUACACACAUGUGCACAGCCUCAAGGUGGUCCAGGAGAGCCUGAAUGGCUUGAGCCCUCUCCGUUCUCCAGCUAGUCGGGAAUACGCUCACCCUACCCGUGUCCACAGCCUCGGUCUAGCAGAGCUGAGUUGCUGGGCCUUCCCUGCUGGCCUCUUCCCCAGAAGCUGUUUCCAAACCAAGCUAGGAGGGCUGCUAGCAGCCCUGGGCCGGAGUGUUGCCGAUUCCCAAAGGUCAGCUUCUCAUUGUAUUAUAUACCUUUGGUUGAUUUCCAGGUCAUAAAUAUUGUUUUUGUCAAUUUUUUCCAGCUUUGUAGUUGCUUUCCUAGGGAGGUUAUUUGUUGAUCUCCUCAUUUGGCCAUAGCUGGAAGUCCUGACCUUUGAUCUUUUUUUUCCUGUCCGAUCAUUUAGAUGUACCUCUUAUAAACAGCUUAUGACUGGAUUUUUAAAAAAUCCUGUCUUUAACUGGAAAAUUUAGUCUAUUUAUUUUGCUUAGUGAUGUUUGGAUUGAUUUCUAAGAUCUUAUUUUGUGCUUUCUACUUAUUCCAAUGUUUGUUUCUUUAUUUUCCUCUUUUUACUUCUUUUAGAUUUAGAUUUUUCUCCUCACUUGAUAUUUUCCCUCUACUAGUUUGGAAGUAAUACACUCUAUAUUCUUUUAGUAGUUCCUUAGAAAACAUAGCGUGCAUAUUUAUCUUCACAAAGCUUAAAGUUGUUCAAUACUGAUGUGGCCGUGAAGGAGUAACAGGGUCCAGAAUUCCCCUCCCACCAUACACAAUUGGAAAACUUGGCACGAUAUAUGAAUCAAGUGUUUUCAGAUGAUGGACAAUAGCUGGUGAAGACCCUGUGGUGCCUGAGAGAAAGGAAACAAAUUAGGUAAAUUCCACCACCCAGACUUUUCUGACUGAGGUAGAAGAAGCAUUAAAAUGUAACCCCUAAUGAUAACCCAGGGAAAAAUAUAAUUCAAAAAGACACCUGCACCCCAAUGUUCAUAGCAGCACUAUGUACAACAGCCAAGACAUGGAAACAACCUAAAUGCCUAUUGACAGAUAAUUGGGAAAAGAAAGUGUGGUAUAGAUAUUCACAGUGGAAUAUUACUCAAUCAUAAAAAAGAAUAAAAUAAAGCCAUUUGCAACAACA